AUGUUUGUUAAGGACGGGAAUAUUCGUAUUCUUGAUGCGCUCUCUGCGAGUGGUCUUCGGGCGAUACGAUUUGCUAAAGAGGUAAAGCACAUUUCAAAAGUAUUGGCGAAUGAUUUCUCAGAACAAGCGGUUGAAACGAUCAAUAAAAAUAUAGUGGAGAAUGGUGUGCAAGAUAUUGUCACCUCUCGAUUCGGUGAUGCUGUAUUGGCAAUGAUGGAACAUCGUAGUGUAGACAAGCGAUUUCACGCAAUUGACUUAGAUCCGUAUGGGUCUGCGUCUGUAUUUCUGGAUUCUGCUGUACAGGCAGUCGCAGAUCGUGGAAUCCUAAUGGUAACAUGUACCGAUAUGGCUGUUCUAUGUGGGAAUACACCAGAAGCAUGCUAUAACAAAUACGAUUCAGUGGCACUUAGACACAAAUCAUGCCAUGAAUUUGCCAUUCGGGUGCUCUUAAAAUCGAUCGACUCACAUGCGAAUCGUUAUGCUCGUUAUAUUGAACCGUUGUUAUCGAUAAGUGUUGACUUUUAUGUGCGAGUCUUCGUGCGAAUUCGUACAAGUGCGAAAAUAGCCAAGGAUUCUGUCACGAAAAUAUCACAAGUGUUCGCGUGCAGCGGUUGUCAUUCGCUGCAGUUAAUGCCGAUCGCUCGGAAGACUGUUGUUGGAGAAAGUGUAAAAUUCUCGCCACCAAUAUUCAGUAUGAACGAACUGAUUGGUGCAAACGGCAAAUGCGUUCACUGUGGACAAAGUGUUCAUAUGGCUGGACCGAUUUAUUCAGCACCAAUUCACAAUUUCGACUUUGUCAAGAAACUUAUUGAAAGGUUAGGUAUUGACUGGUUAGAUUCAUCGCAAAGUUCUUAUUGUAAUGAACUAUCAUCCAGAAUUAUGGUUUCGCAUUGUAUUGAGAAGCAACCAGAUUUGAAAUUAUUCGUGUUCUGCUUCAGGCUCUAUGCAGAUCCAGACGCAAAAAAGUUGAAGACAUUCGAUCGUUUAUUGGGUGUUUUGAGUGUGAUCACGGAGGAAUUGCCCGAUGUACCGUUAUACUAUGAGCACGAUCAGUUGAUGCAUACACUGAAAUCGCCUGUGCCACGCGUAAUAAAUGUGCGAUCGGCGAUUCUGAACGCUGGAUUCAGAUGCUCGAUAGCGCAUUGUAAUCCGAAAGCGUUGAAAACUGACGCACCACUGACACUUCUUUGGGAUAUUGUCAGGACCGUUGCCAAGAACAACAACAUUCAAGCGUCACGUUUCGAAGAGAACAGUAUUGGGCGACGUAUAAUUGAGGGAGAAAUAACCCAUCAAAUAAGUUUUCAAAUGCAUCCGGAUGCACAAUCGAAGAGUAAGCUGGACAAUAUGCUGAGAUUUCAAUGUAACAAAGGCAAGAAUUGGGGUCCUAAAGCGAAAGCCCGAGGAUCGGUGAAUUCAGUGAAAGCUGGUUUCCAGGUGCAGCAAACGUCACAGCCGUCUGACAGCAACAGUCACAGCAGCAUCACAUAA